AUGGGGAGCCUACAGUUGAUUCUUGUGUUCUUUGUCUUGCUCUCCUAUGUUCCAUCAGUUAGAAGUGGGAUGAAUAUGUACAUAAGACGGAUUUUCGAUCUGUGCUGGAAACUAAAAGGCGUUUGCAGGAGUAAAUGUCAAGGAGAAGAAUUUUAUCACAUUUUCUGUGGUACUCAAUUCCUGUGCUGUAUAGAGAAAAAGGAAAUGCCUGUUCUCUUCGUGAAGUAG